GGUGUUGGAAAAAAAUCAUUCCAGUUGUCGUAUGAAAUGGUCGAAGGCAUAUCUUUGGUGCUUUGUUUACCUACUAUCAAUUUGAACGUGUUUUAACUAGCAGUGAAAAUAAACAGUAAAAUAGCAUAAUCAAACGGAACAUUAAGCAAUUGUGGCACGAAACGAAUGGGAAAGUGAUUAAUAUUAUCCCUGUAUCAUAGCAAUGUCUUCCAAAACAUAUUCCACGGUAGAGUGUAUGUUUGUACUCUUGCUAACCUCAUCCUUGGCCGGUUUAUCUGGAUCGCGUACAAAUACGUUCCCAGUUCUCGUCGAGGCGAAAGAUGUUGAGAAUGUCCCAGAGCUAGAUUUGUCCAAAAUGAUCAACGAGAAUGUUUACUCCAAAAUAUUUGUACGGAAACGCGAAGAGCACAAACUGCUGGUAAAUCAUCUUCAAUCCAUUGACGAUUAUGGGAAACGCUACAAGCUGAUGAAAAUAGGAAUUGAUGAAAUCAUUCGAAUAAUCCGGGAAGAAGGAGGAAAACUGCGUGGGAAUAAAAUCACAUCGGAAUCGGAGUUUCCCAAACUGCAGGAACUGAUCAAUGCGCUGGCACAGUUCCUCGAGAAUACGUGUCUUUUCGGUGAAAUGGUUUUACACUUUCCCGACAUGUCCUAUCGCAUACUGAAGAAUGUUUCCGACUGGCGCACGCUAAUGACAGACGCGUUGAACUACAGCAAAGCUUUUAUACAAAUUUUGGAUGAAAAAUCCAUAGAAUUGCUCAAUUUGCUUAAUCAAGAGAUGAACGAAGACCAACGAACACCAGAUUACGUCAAUCCAUAUCGGGAGACCGCUUCAACGACCGAACCACCCAAGGACAAGCCAAAGAAAAAAAUCAAAUCGAAAAAAGGACCAUCUUUGUCACAAGCGAAAACAGAGUUAUAACGCACACCGUUCCGGUUGUAGAAAAUGAUUUCAUUCGCUUAAAUAUACGCUUAUACGAGAAAUUUA